GCUGGCAGCAGCGCGGCGGCCUGGCGGCGGCCCACGUCAAGCGCGCGGCCCGGGCCGCAAGGAGGCUCACGCGAACCAGUGCCGUGGCAACCGGCGUGAACAGUGACCUCAGGUGUGACCUGACCUGACCCGAAAGCGGCCACCAUGCCCGAGGCAGGACAGACCAACGUGGACCCGCCGGCGGGCGGCAGUGGGAUCCGGUUCAACCCACAGCACUUCAAAACGACGCCCGGCAUCAUCAAGAUCGUGGAAGUGUGUAUCGGCCUGCUCUGUCUGAUCCUGGCCAGUCCAGCCUACUUCAGCGGCACCGGCUUCUUCCUGUUCGCUGUGGUCAUCAGCUUUCUCUCCACCAUCGUCUGGAUCUUUGUGUAUCUUCUGUCCAUCAGAGAGGCACUGCCACAGAUCCCCGUACAGUGGGUGCUCACGGAGCUGAUUAACACAUGCAUCUUGACGAUUCUCUACGCUAUCGGCACGCUCGUUCAACUAAUCGUAUGGCUGUCGCACGGUGCCCGAUGGUACGGUUUUGGCGCCAAUAUUGCUGGCGGUGUGUUCGGUAUCUUCAACACGUUGGUGUACGCGGCGGGAGCGUAUCUGCUGUUCGUCGAGUACCGCCAGCCGUGAGCUGCGUGAUCUGAGAGCGCCUCUGAGAGCUGCGCACCGCCACCACCGCCGUCUGUCGUCUGCCCCGCUGACCUGACCUGACCUGACCUGAGCUGAGCUGGUCUGACCUGACGUGACCUGACCGGAGCUGGGUUGGGCUGGGAUGACCUGGCCUGGCCUGAGAUGGCCCGACUUGAUCCGGGCCGACCCGACGGUCCUGUCUGACCUGGUUUGUUUGACUGGCCCGAUGUGAACUGAAUUGGCUUGUUUAGGUUCUGAUCUGACAUGCCCUUGUUUGACAUAACUUAGCUUGCGGAAAUAAUUUGAGCCGUAUUAUGGAACAGUUACAUCAGUUAGGACCCUUAAUUAGUAUGUCAUGCAUAUCAACAUCAUUAAUCGUGAUCAAAAUCACUUGGCGAAAUUUUUCCUCGCAUACGACAGUUUUUGUUUUUAUAUGGGCGCUGGUGCUAGUUUUAUACCAGAGCCGUCAGCAUCGCAGUCUCCAGAACCGUUUUCGUUGAUGCGCGUUACGAGUUUUACUGAUGCUUGCAGAAAGCAUGGAGCUGCAAAUUCUUUCAGAUAAAAGUAAGACAGUAGCCUAAUUCGCUUCAAUGCAACAUGAAAUUUGUUGUGUAAAUGCACAGCUAUAGUGACAUUCAGUUCACAAGGCGUUACCUCACGUCGUAAAAUUAUUAUCAAGAGACCGCUGUAGGGGCUCGUGGUCAGACUACGGCGAGCCAAGACUGGAACAAGUAGAUUCUGUCUGACCCCCUUGGCUAGUCAGUGACAAAUCUGGCAACAGGACUGGUGGUCAGCGGGGAAUCUGGUAACAGCUGCGGCGGCCGGUCCCGCGUCCGUGCCAAACUCUUGUCUAACUCUUCCGGCAGCGCGCGGGCGACGCGGCGGGCAGGCGCUGUAGGGCGGAGCGGCGGCUUUAGGGCGGGGGCGGCGGCUGUAGGGCGGGGGCAGCUGGUGUCCUAACAGUGAGCCGUGUGGCAGUGUUUGUACAGAUGCUCUAACAUCUGAUCGGUGUGAGUGUUUGCUGACGCGUUUCCUCUGAAGCUUCUUUGGUUCCUGGCGAUUGUGUCCGGUUGUCAGUAUUGUGGCAGUAUCUGGGAAAAGCGCGGAUGGGCUUGAGAGGGACUCUGUUGCAAAUAACUAACCCGCUAACCAAACAUGCAUUCACGGUGUCACUGCCACUGUCAUUGUUAAACCUUUGUCUCAUGUUUGUACUAAACAGCGUUACUAUCUACCUUUAUUGGUCACCGAGUGUGAGCUCUUGUCAGUUAGCUUAGGUUGCGUCGUUCGCGAUGGUCCGCAAUCGUAGCAUUUUGUAGCCGAGGUUACCUGCGUUAUAACUUAUUACGUGAACGAAACGUGUGGCUAGUUGGUAUCAUGCUUAGUGUCCCACGUUUGUUUAGAAGUCACUGUGCAUGUUCAAUCAAAAGAAUAUUGCUUUUUUCGUUGGCUAGGACCUGGCGUGUCCUUUGUUUGGAAAAUAUUUGGUUUGGAUGUCCGUUGGGAGACGAAGCUUGGUCACGGUCACAAUAUAUUCUUUAUUUGCUUUAACAAAGCCAGUUAACAGGACGUAUUCUCGUAGUACGUUGACUAGAUGCUAUGGACAUUUGUUUGCGAAACUAGAGAAUAGUGAAGCAAUGCUAAUACUUUCGUCAUGCCUCAAAAUCUAAGGACUGAGUUCAAAAGUAACGUAUGCCUAUUUGCAAUGGUUCACGGCGUCUCAGUGUAUGAUGCGUUUGUUAUCAUUGCAAUAUGUCUAAGGUAAAUAAAUAUAAACAAAACGUC